AUGUCUAGCCCAAAGCUCAAUGCAGAAUGGCUCGAGCUUGAGAAGCGCCUUGGAUCGCGUCCUGUCUUGAAAGGGAACCCUCAGGAAAUGAUUCGCCAAUUUGAUGGACUUAUGGCCCUGUUGGCAUCUUCCGGACAGAAAGCUAAUGCUUCGGUUGUGACGAAGGAUAUCUUGAUCGAAGGGAUCAAGUGCCGAAUCUAUACGCCAGGCGCAAUCAAGUCUGGAUGUCCUCUUCCACUUGGGGUUUAUACCCAUGGCGGAGGAUUCAUAUGUGGUGAUCUUGAGUCCGAAGAUGCACUUUGUCGAGCGAUAUCCGAGGCUGCUCCAUGCGUUGUUGUCAGUGUGGAUUAUCGACUAGGUCCUCGGUAUAAACUACCAGUCAUGUUACAAGAUGCUUUGGCGGUUUAUCGUUGGGCUUGGGAUAAUGCUUCUCAGCUAGGCGGCGAUCAGUCAAAAUUUUUCACUGUUGGUGGAAGCGCUGGGGGAGCUCUGGCAUUGUCCAUUGCCAAUCAUUAUGCGCAGCACCCAGAUGGACGCCGAUACAUCCAUGGAGUGGCAGUAAUGGCUCCGGUGACUUUGCACUGGGACAACUGUCCAGAAGAGUAUAGAGAAGACUACAGGUCCUACGAAGAGAAUGCAGAACACGUGCCGAUUAUCGACAGAGCCUCAAUGCAAACUUUCUUCGAAGCUGUGAAUGCGUCUCCCAGCGACUCGAGCAUUUUCACGGCUCUGUCCGCCCAUCAUCGAGACUUUCCACCAACGUUUAUCUGUACUUGCGGUACAGACCCACUCCGUGAUGAUGGUAGAGUUAUGAGAAAGGCCCUUGCCAAGGCAGGUGUCCGCACAAAGUUUGUGGAAUACCCAGAUCUACCACAUUACUUUUGGAUGUUCCAGGAGUUGAAUAUUAGCAAGGAAUUUGUCAUCGAUCUCGUUGGAGGGGUCAAAUGGGUGAUUUCUGAGAUGGAGUAG